GAGGCGACGCAGCUCUCUUAAGUGUGAUUGCGGGAGCACGGCCGCCUUCUCUUCGGAACGGCGCCUCCGAGUUACGAGAAGAAGUGCCCGCGUUCUCGCUGCUUCGCCCCUCCUGCACCCUGCAAGGCACCCCUCAUGAAACACUUCAUUGGCAGGUCGAGGAGCGGCGUCACGCAGAUGUAAAGAAACAAGCGAUGCUGGUUCGCCAACUGGAGGAGGAGCUACGGAUGCGAAUGCGCAACCCGAGCAUCGAGAUGCAGCAGCAGAUGGAGGUGCUGUACGCCGAGAACGAACACCUGACCCGCGAGAUCGCCAUCCUCAGGGAGACCAUCAAGGAGCUGGAGCUGCGGAUAGAGACGCAGAAGCAGACGCUGCAGGCCCGCGACGAGAGCAUCAAGAAGCUGCUGGAGAUGCUGCAGAACAAGGGCGUCGGUGGUAAAAUGCUAGAUGGAGACAGGGAGUCAUUUGAAUCCCUCCAGGCCAGGCUGAUAGAGAGUGAGGAUAAAAUUCGGCACUAUGAGAAUCUUGUGAGGAAUCGAGACCAGGAACUCAGUAAGACUAAGAGACUGGACGAGUUCCGCGCGGAGAUCCAGCGGCGCGACCAGGAGAUCCUGGCCAUGAGCGCCAAGAUGAAGACGCUCGAGGAGCAGCACCAGGACUACCAGAGGCACAUAGCCGUCCUCAAGGAGUCGCUCUGCGCCAAGGAGGAGCACUACAACAUGCUGCAGGCGGAUGUUGAAGAACUCCGACAACGGUUAGAGGAGAAGAACCGGCAUAUAGAGAAGAAGACACAACAGGCGCAGCAGGCGAUACAAGAAAGAAACCGUCUGAACAAUGAACUUAGCGAGUUGAGGGACCACAUGGACAUCAAGGAUCGCAAGAUCAACGUCCUGCAAAGAAAGAUCGAGAACCUGGAGGACCUGCUGAAGGAGAAGGACAACCAGGUGGACAUGGCGCGCGCGCGCCUCACGGCGAUGCAGGCGCACCACUGCUCUUCUGAGGGCGCGCUGUCCAGUCUGGAGGAGGCCAUCGGCGACAAGGAGAAGCAGAUGCAGCAGCUGCGCGAGCAGCGGGACCGCGCCGAGCAGGAGAAGGCCGAGGAGCGCGAGCUGCACGAGCGCGAGCUGGCCGAGUACAAGAUGAAGCUGCACGCGCUCGAGAGCGAGGUGGAGAAGCUGGGCGCGCGGCUGGAGCGCGCGCAGGCCGAGAAGGACCGGCUGGAGGCUAAGCUGGAGAGCUCGCAGUCCGAGCUGGGCAAGUCGAAGGCGGAGCUGGACAAAGCGGCGAGCGAGGCGGGCCGCAGCGGCGCCGACUGGGAGGCGGCCAAGCAGCGGCUGGCGCGCCUCGAGCUGGAGAACGAGCGCCUGCGCCACGACCUGGAGCGCUCGCAGGCCACGUUCGGCCGCAGCACGCUCACCACCUCGCAGGAGCUGGACCGCGUGCAGGAGAAGGCGGAGAAGGCGGCGGCGGAGCUGCGGCGCGCGCAGGCCGAGCUGCGCGUCACGCAGGCCGACAACGAGCGCGCGCGCGCCGAGGCGGCCGCGCUGCAGGAGAAGGUGGAGAAGUCGCAGGGCGAGGUGUACCGGCUCAAGGCGCGCCUCGAGAACGCGCAGGCCGAGCGCGAGAGCCUGCGCGACGAGUACGAGCGCGCGCAGCAGGCGGCCGCGCGCCUGCACGCCGAGCGCGACAAGUCGUCCGCCGAGCUGGAGAAGGCGCGCGAGGAGCUGGAGCGCUCGCAGGCCACGCUGGGCAAGGCGCAGCUGCAGCAGGACAAGCUGCAGAACGCGCUCGACAAGGUGCAGACCGACCUGGACAAGUUGCAGGAGCGCUUCGACAAGUCCCAGGCCGAGGUGCGCCGGCUCCAGAUGGAAAAGGAAAAGCAGAACUACGAUUUUGAAAACGUACAGUCGCAGCUCGAUAAGGCACUAGGCCAAGCGACAAGACUGCAGAAGGAGCGAGAGGCGGUCCAGCUGGAGGUCGACCGGUUAAGGGACAAGUAUGAGAAAGCUCAGAUGUUGAUGGCAAGACUCCAGAAGGAGAAAGACGGGGCCAUUGAAGAAUGUGAAAAGCUCCAAGAAAGGGUUGAGAUCCAACAGGGCCAAAUAUCCAAGGCGCAAAGGGAACGUGAAAAUAUGCAGACAGAGCUGGAUAUGAUCAAGGAAAGAUGGGACAAAGCGCAACAGUUGCAUCAGAAAAUUCAGAUGGAACGAGACGACGCGUUAACGGAAAUUGAAAUAUUGAAAGAUAAGUUGGACAAGUCGCAGACAGUGUCACAGAAAGCGAUGGAGGAAAGAGACAACGCGAACAAAGAGUUCGAACGUAUGCUCGAAAAAUACGAUAGGUCGCAGGGCGAAGUGUACCGAAUGCAGAACAAACUGGAGGCAGCAGAGGCAGAGAAGGACCGACUCGAGAUGGAGGUGGAGAAGGCUCAGCUGUUGGCUACCAAGUCGCGCGAAGAUCAGCGCAAAACACAAGACGAGCUGCAGCGGGUCCAAGAGAUGUACGACCGAGCUGCGCUCCAGCUGGGCCGCACUAAGGAGAAUGAGGAGAAAUUCAAAGAGGAGAUAGACCGCAUGGCUGUCGACCUCGACAUGGUGCGCGAGCGAUACGAAAAGACGCAGAUCGAGAUGCGGCGUCUGCAGAGCGAUCGCGAGAAGUACCAGGGGGACAGUGAGCGCCUCAGUUUCGAACUGGAGCGCGCGCACACGCAGUGCGCAAAGGCACAGGCUGCAAAUGAAAAGAGCCAGGAGGAAAUGGCCCGCCUGCAGGUGGAGCUAGAGAAGAUGUACGACAAGCACGACAAGGCCCAGGCCGAGCUGCGAAAGUCUCAGUCGGAGCUGGAGCGCUACCGUACCGAGGCAGAGCAGCUGCGCGAGGAAGCGGAGCGGUACGCUGCCAGGAUGGGCAAGUACCAGGACACGCAGGAGAGGACCAAGGAGGAGCAGGAUCGCCUCAAGGUCGAAAUAGAGCGGCUGCGGGAUAGGCUCGAGAAGACGAACAGUGAGUUGGAGCGAGCGCGAAAGGCAGAGCAGGAGGCAGUCCGUCUGCGAAUGGAGCUGGAGCGUGCGGAAGGUGUAAGAGGUAAAUACCAAUUCGAACAGGAGAAGUGGGCUGCAGAAACCGGUAGGCUGCAGGCAGAGUGCGAGAAGUUGCGCGAGCGGCUGGACACGAGCCAACUGGAGAUGCAGAGGGCGCUGGUGGCCAACGAGAAGCAGGAGGAGCGCCUACACGAGCUCCAACUCGAGCUGGAGCUCGGCAAGGCCGAGUCGAUGAAAAUGACGGCGACCCAGGAAAAACAGCAGGGCGAGAUAGAGCGGUUGCACAUCGAGUGCGAGAAAGUGCGCGAUCGACACGAGACUCUCCAGAUGCGCUCCGAAGCACUGGAGAAGGAGAACGAGCGGCUGCGCUCCGAAUUGGCGCAGAAGGAGCGCCAGUUGGCGGUGGGCGACAAGAGCCGCACCGAGGUGGAGAGGGCGGGCGCCGCCGAGGUGGACAAGCUCCGCGAGCGGCUGGAGCAGGCGCAGGCCGACCUGUCCAGGGCGCAGCAGCUGCGCGAACACUCCGACGCCGAGGCGCAGCGCCUGGCGCGGGAGCUCGAGAAGUCGCAGCUGCACCUCGGCAAGUACCAGGAGAACAACGAGGCUGCGCGGAUAGAGUUUGAGCGAAUGGCGACGGAGCUCAGUCGUCUGCACGAAAAGCUCGAGAGGGCGCAGGCGGACGCGCAGCGGGCGUCGGACGAGCGUGCUCAGCUGCAGGCGGAGAGGGACGCACUGCAGGCGGACCUGCUCCGUGCGAGAAAGGCCGCCGAUCAGAUGCAGGAGGCGCAGCAGCGCACUCGGCAGGAUGCCGACAGACGUUUGCAGGAGGAUGCCUCCAAGAUGCAGCAGGAGCUCGCACAAGCUGCGAGGGAGAAGGAGAGGUUGAAUUCCGCACUGGAGAAGCGCGAGAAGCAGUCAGAAAGGUUAGAGAAACAGAUGGCGAAAAUGGAGUCCGAGGUGAAACAGCUCACGCUCGAGAGAGACCAGUUAGUGGUGCAACUGGAGAAGUCGCAGGACAUGCUGAUGAACUUCCAGCAGGAGCUGCAACAGUCCGAGUCGGAGCUCAGUCGACUGAAGACCGAGCACCGCAAGGUGGCGCAAGAUGCCGAAUCGCUGGAAGGGAGAGACCGGCAGGUCCAGGAGCUUCAGCAACAACUGCAGAACUUGCAGAGGGAAAGGGACCGAGAGCGGCAGAGGGCGGAGCGGGCGGACCGCCGCCUGCAGGAGCUGGGCUCGCAGGCAGAGUCGGACUCUGGUCAGUGGCGCCGUGCCGUGGAGGCCGAACGGGACAGGGCCGACAGGGCGGAGAGGACUGUGGCCGAACUGCAGAAAAGGGUGCAGGCUGUAGAGAGGCAGAUGAAUGCCCAACAGCAACAGAUGGCCCAAAUGCAACAACAGCAGCAACAACAGGUGCCACCGGCUGCUGCCGAGGAACUGAACAGACUGCGUAAAGAGCUCGAAAAGUCGCAGGCGGAACUGAAGAAUGCGUCUGUUGAGCGAGAACGAUUCCAGGCACAGUUGGAGAUGCUAGUUCAGGAGCUGGAGAAGAACCAGCUGGAUCUUCAAGAAGCGAACAAGAAACUAGCGAAUGGCGCAGCGAGAGCUGGAGAAGAAGCUACCGCCCUUAGAAUGCAAUUAGAAGAGCAGAAGAAACAACUAGAAGAGCAGAGGAGACAAUUAGAGGAGCACAAGAGAGGCUUAGAUAGUAAAAGUAGGCAAUUAGAAGAAAAAGAAAAAUCUAUAGCAGAUGCAGAUCAGAAACUGAAGAAAAGGAAAGAAAAACUUGAUCAGCUGGAGGCACAGCUUCAGAAGGGUGCAGGAGCAAGGGGUGGAAAUGCAGAAAUACAGAAAAGAAUGCUAGAACUAGAACAACAGGUUGAAACUCAUCAAAAGGAGCUGGAGAAAUCCAAAGAAGAUGCACAGCGUUCGCAAGUAGAAAUGGAAAGACUUCUACAGCUUGUCCAAAUGAGUCAAGAAGAACAAAAUGCCAAAGAAAAGACAAUUCGUGAUCUUCAAGAGGCACUGAAGAAUGCCCAAGCAAAACUGAGAAGCCAACAAGCCAGUGCACAAAUGGAAAGGAGAGAAGAGGUGGAAAUGCAGGACAAGGCUGUGGAAACCAUUCUGAACAUCAGCAGCAAAAAUGCUUUGGAAGUUAUGGAAGAUGCUAAAGAAGAAAAGAGUGAUGGUUUUGAUGAUCGAGUGAGUGAAAUUCAAGAACUUAAGGAAGAACUCAAGAAACGUGGGCAAAAGGUGUCUGAACUGGAGAAAGAAAUUGGUACCCUGGAAACUGCUCUUCAGGAGAAUGCAAACAUAGCUGAGCUUGAGGAACUGGUUGUGGUGGUUCGACAGAAAGAUGACAGAAUUGAGGAGCUGGAGGAGGCACUUCGUGAAAGUGUUAGAAUAACUGCAGAAAGGGAGAAGGUGUUACAUCAGGAAUCAACACGUCGGAAACAGAUCAUGGAAAAGGUGGGUAAAUUGGAGCAGCGAUUACUGUCUCUUCAGACAGCACAUGCAUUACGCUGCAGCUCUUGCCGUCCAUUAGUUAGUCGCUUGCAGGAAUUGGAGCAACGACUAGGGUCACUUACAGCUGAAAGGCGGCAGCAUCUGCAGGAUUUGUCACGCAUGAAGCAAGAAGCUCUUGAAGCAGCACUCAGUGAAAAGGAUGCACAUUUAGCCUUACUGGAAGUGUCAGGCAUCAGAACAGCAAGACAAGCAGAAGAGGCAGAGCAAUUACGUGCUGAUCGAAAAAGGCUUAUGGAAAAACUCCGAGAAGAGAAUGAACAGAGUGUUCGGCUGCUGCAAGAGUAUUCCCUGCCAGAUGUAGAGCAGUUCACAUCAUCUGUAACAAAUCUGAUUGAAGCAGAAGAUAAAGAGAAGGAAACCACCUCCAGUAAUCAAAAUGGUCAUUCACAUCAUGAGGAAGAGAUUGAUCAAGACAGUUUGGAACCCUUGAGCCCAGAUUCUACCUUAGGUAUGUGAAAUGUUUUUGGUUAUCAUCGUUCUUCACAAGCAAAGAAGAAGUAGUUUCAAAAAGGUGCUGUGCGUCCCUUAUACCUGAAAAUUUCCAUAUGCAGGAUGUCUGUGCAUAUCUUCUGAAACAAUUUUGUGUCCAAAUCAAGAUAUGAACAUGAAGAUUUCGUAAUAAAAUGUGCUGCACUUAUUUUGCACAAUAAGUUCCUCCCUGUCUAUAAAUGCACUGCCAUUAAUGGCCCACAAACUAUGGGAGUCUAGCCUUCAGCUGACAGGUUGAAUUAAGUGCAUCACAGUUGUUGAAAUGGUGAUAUUCACUCUAAAGACAUUGCUAGCACAUGGUAUGUGUGUAUUUUACAACCGCGUAUUUAGUUAACUGGUGCCGUAACAUUUUGAUACAAACAUGUGAGUGAAGUGUGUGUGAAAUGACAACUAACUACUUUGCAAAACGACUAUUUGUGCUGUGAGUGAGAAAAUGACGUGUGAAGAAAAAAUGAGUUUCUGACAUCUCCUGCUUAUUAUAGCAAUAAUACAUGCAUGCCACUUAAAUGCAGAAAGCAGUGUCUACAAUAUUUUUUAGCCUUGUUACUGUACUGUGAAAAAGGAAAGGAAAUGUGAAAUGUGGGGAGGUGUUGACAAUAAAUAAAGCAACUCACUGAACCAUGUCUUCCUAUGGUGGAGAGUGCUUUAAGAAAGCACAAGCUGGGUAGUGAUUUGGAAGAAUAAAAACACAAGAGAAAGUCAUAUUAAUGUGUUUUUUUUAAUGACUUUCACUUCAAAAUGCCUUCUUUGCUCGGGUAGACUAUUUUCAUUUCUUUUUCAAAAUAACAAUGUGUGUGAUCUGUUUUGAUUUUCAACAUUUAUGUAGAUUUCAUAGUAGUUCUGUAUUUCAGUAGAACUGUUACACAAUGUUAGAUAUCAUUCAAUGAAAUAAAACAGGAAAUUUUCUAGUGCAUGAGAUUUUGUGAAUUAAGUCAUUGCUCUCUCAGUUUUUUUAAUAUCUGAGUGAAAUUAAUUUUAGAAGGAAUGUCAAAUUGCACAAUUUUAUUACUAAAUAUUUCCAACAUAUUGUGUGCUGUAGCCACAUUGAUUAAAUGUAUAGUGACAGAUAAUAGAUAUAAUUUUUCCAACAGAACAAAAAGUGUUCAAAAAUAUUUUUUGUUGAUAAUAGUUGACUGUAUAAAAAUUGAAUAUGCAGUGGCAUGAUUACUGUUGUAGAAUAAAUACUGGCCAUAUUUGAUUGCAUUUUCCCAUAUGAUAAGGCCGAUGCCAAUAUUAUUUAUAAACACCAAAGUAUUUGUGAAAUAAAGAAAUUUCGUUAGCGUCACUACACAACAAAUGUCACUAUGGGAACACUGCAGUCAUUUAUGGAUUGAAUAAAAGUCAUUCUUUGUACAUAUUACUAUAUGACGUUGACUGACUUUAAAGAAAAUCUGUUGUAUGUAAUGUGGCACUAUUUCUUGUAAGUGAAGGUGCAUAAGGUAUAAAAAUGUUAGUGGUCAAGGAAAGAAUGAACUGUGUUCGUGCUUUGAUCAGCAGAGAAAUGUACGGAAAUGUUGUUAACAAGAUAUUCCAGUACUUGCUGAAACUAAUCAAAAGCUGCCUAUAACAUUUAGAGGAAUAUGCUUUUGGCAAGUAAAGUAUGGAUUAUUUCUUUAGAGAAUUAAAUACAUCCGUCUGGGUGGAUUCCCAGAGUUUAAGCAACUCUAUCAGUACUGAACUCCAAAAUGCAAAAAUUUAUUUCAUUGCAACCUAUUCUCUUCCUGUAUAGUGCUUUUUGAACAUUUGAAGUAUGUACUUCUCUAACCUUCCAUGUAGCCAUGUGAGUUUCAAGGUCAUGUAAAAGAUAACUAAGAGGUUUGAACAUGUAUUUAUAUAAAUUUAAAAACUCUGAUAAAAACAAGGGAAUAUCUUUUAAAAUAUGUGAAAAGCUUAAAUUUUGGGAGUCUUGACAUUCAGUGGUAUUAAAUAUUCAUAGAUGGUAAAAUUCAUUUUAAUCUAUAGAAGAAACACUUUAAUGUCACAGCCAUGCAGAAUACUACUUGUUCGUACAGGCUAUCCUGACAUGUAACUAAAGAAUACAUCACAAAACAGUCAAAAUUAAGCUUUGGUCCCUAGAUAAACAUUAAUUUGUAUCUCUAUAGCUGACCAUCCAUUUGUAACAUAUUCAUAUAUGCUCGAUGCAAAAGAAUUGUUGUUGGCUUGUUUGGAAAUCAGUAGGAGUUGGAGUGGCAAGAUUGUCAAAGCUAUACUGCCAUUACCUGUGCCAUUAUAUAAAUAUAACUAUAUUCAUAUGUACUACACUACUUAUUUGAUGGUUGUACCAGUAUUAAUGUUGUAGGAUGAUGGAGCUGCCAAGGUUGUGGAGUGUAUAUUCAGGAAAUGGUUUGUGUGAAAAUAUCUUUUAAUUCCAUAUGACCUUGUGUUGUAUAUGAAAUGUGUGUUCAAGGACAAUUGCUUAAACAGGUAAAUAUGUGAUACUGUAAUGAAUGAGAUUCUUUAGAUUUGAUUUCAAAAAUUUAACAGCUUCAUUGCUGUUUUUAAUCAUAUCUUCCAUUUGUUACAUUCUGUUUCAUUUUAAGAAAACUGUUUCUCUGUCGCCAGCCUUUUAAGGAAAUAUUGUUACAAAAUUUUAAUUACUGUUUCAGUAAACUGAUGAUAAUAUCUGAGGAAUAAGUUGCAAUUUUUUAAUGUUCCAAAGACUGCACUAUUCCAUGUGUAGUAGUAUCUAGAGCCUAAUGGCUAAUUGUAUUUGAUUUUCAAUAUUAUAACAGUAUAAUAUUUUUUUGUAAAGAAUUAAUAUGCAACAAACUCAUUUCAGGAAAUAGUUUUCUACAAAUGAUUUCAUCUUCCAUGUAAUCUUACAAUAUUUUAAAGUUGUAAAGCACAAAUCCGAGUGGGUUUACAAAUGAAGUCCAUGGUUGAAUGUCAUUUUCAGUUGUGUAAAUACAAAUUGACGCUUUAAUGUGGAAAAUGUAAAAUGUAUGUGUAUGUAGAGUUUAAAUUAAUUUCUGUGGCUGUUAAAAGCUCACAACACCAAAUAUCAAUAAGAAUAAUAAUGUAAAUGGUGUGUAAAAGGAACAUCAGAUGUAAAGUUGUUCAGUAGCUUC